GGACCCACGGUACGCGCACGGUACGCUACGGUGCUACUCCCCAUCAGUACUCUCGGUGGUGCGCGCGGUGUGGUGUGGGGUGUGGUGGUGUGCGUUGUUGGAGGCCAACAAAACAACAAGGAAAAAAAGGAAGCGAGGGAGCAAACAACCAGCAAGGAAGCAGCAGCAGCAGCCCCGCCAUUCCGGUGGCCCUAGGGGCCAUAAAGACCAGCGAGAGAAGCAGCAGCAGCAGCAGCAGCGAGCAUCGGUGAUCGGUGUGCGUAUAGGCCAUCUGGUCAGCGCUGGUGUUACAUAAAAAAGUGCGCCGGGAGGGAGGGAACACUACAUUCCAGUGUGUCCAGACCGCGGGCGCUAAUCUCUGAUAGAGGAUCGCUUCGGCCACGGUCCGGUUCAAUUCUCCGUAGUGUUAUCGCGGUGCUGGUGCUGCGCUUCAAAACAAGUUCGCCUUCGCGCCUGUGAGGCCUGCGUGAGUGCUCGCGGUCGCGAGGUCGCGUAAAAGUCGUCCCGUGGCCACCCUUGUGCGUGCGUGCGUGCGUGCGUGCGUGUACCCUGAGCCAUUCCGGGUGUGUGUAUGGUGUAGCGAGAAGCGUUUAUUGCUCUGCGUCAAAGUAAAAAAAUCGUACCAACGGUGGUACUACGUGGUGGUGCGGUGGUUACUACUCUGGCCUAGCCUACUGUGUGUCUCUUCCGGUGGCUGUUUAGUGCUGCUGGUUGACAACUCAACGGGGUCAGUGUGCGGGGUGUGCUCCUUGACGGUGGGAUCGAAAGUGGGUGACAAGAUGUGAUGAGGCGAGGGAGGCCACACUGGGAGAGAGCGUGCCGCGCGCACGGAAGCGGAAAUCAUGUGCGAAACGUGCUGUGUGAUGCGAAGAGGUAUGAAGCGAGGGAGCUGUGAGUGAAUCCGACGGCCUUUGCUGGCUUCCAGCUCAUACUCAUCCUAAUUACCUUCGCCCAUCGUGCGCUCCCCGCCCUUUUCAUCCUGCCGUCCCUGGUGUGUCCUUUGGCGCUGACAGUAUUGACAUUGACGAAUGCGCCACGCCGCGUUGGCCGUGACACACUAUGGUGUACCCGGGGAAUGGCACGGUAUCAGUCUCCAAGCGAAACCUGUUGUCCGAAAUCGUUGACCAGCUACAAGCUGUACCUUCGUCCUUUCCACCACUAAGGGAAGCUUGGUGAGAAGGCGAUGGAAGAAGGAGGAGGCAGCAACAUUCGACGACGCACAGAACACACCAAGACGAAGAAAAAGAACCCGCGGUACAUCCCGGGGCACACUGUUCGAAGAUCCAGCAGAUCUUCUGCCAACAAACAUAUCAUGAAGGAGCUUGGCGCCUUCAAAGACCGACGACGAGUCUGAUCGACGGAGCAGAGAAAAACCAACCGCAACCAAUGCAUAUCAGCAAUUGCCUCGUGUGUAGCAGAGAGAGAGAGAGAGAAAAAGAGCUGCACACGUUAUCUACGACUAGGAGUAUAAGUGGUUUUUAAGCAAGUCUAGUGAUAGUGAGAUACUUUUGAUAGUGUGAUCUACCCCUACAGAAAAAAAAGAAGAGAAAAGCUUUACAACAAGUAGUAGCCAGUAGUGUUCGCCGAUGUGUGAAAACCGCGCAGCGAAUGAUCUACUAUUAAAUGUGCCCUCGAUGGAACCACCCUCGGAAAUCUGCAAAAAAAAACGUCCACCACCACACAUCGCAGCAACACAAUACAUAUCAGAACGAUUACGUUCGAACGUGUGCUAGAGUAGGUUAAGCAAAGUGAUAGAAAGAUAAAGAGAGAAAGAGAGAGAGAGAGAGAGAGAGAGAGAGAGAGAGAGAGAGAGCGUGCGCGUGCUUAUGUGUAAAACAGUGCAUCCAACACGUGUUCUGGAGUAAAGGAAAGGAUCCACCACCCAACUGAAACACCAAAGCAGCGAAAAACGAUUUCGAACCCUCCUCCUGGUCCAGCGGCCUCUCCAUUUCUCCGGUCAAUCCGGGCACCCCGAGCUCGAGUCCAGAGCAACAACCCGAGGGGUCCUUCCGAUGCAUUCGCGCUGCUGCAGCAGAUGGCACUACCGGAAGCGGAAAUAAUAGGAGAUCGAUUUUGUGCCCGGUGGCCCGGCACCGCUGGGCGCCGCUGAUGCUACCGGUGCACCGCGACCCGGACCGGAUGCCCACGAAGCGUCGCACGGAUCAAUUGCGGGAUUGUGCCGUUACAUUACCACUGGAUAUUCUAUGGUUACCCAAAGCGGCUAUGAGGCCCCUCGGGCCAGAUCCUUCUCACUCGGAUUGCGUCCUCGUUGUAGGCGUAUCGAGGCCUAAGCUGGCGGCACUGUUCCUCUCGGUGAUGCUACUUUCGCUGUUUCUCACCUUUCACAUCCUCUACGAUAGUGCGGUCUACAGCAUACAGGCAGCGACAGCGAUCUCGGAGAACAAGUUGGCAAUACUGACGAACCACAUACCCAAUCCACCGGCCAUCAACCAGCCCGUCCUGUUUCCGAAUCGGAUACACUUCCCGAAGACGAGUCGUAGAUUACCACAAUGUUUGAUAAUUGGGGUGAGAAAGUGCGGCACACGCGCCCUGCUGGAGAUGCUGUACUUGCAUCCAAGGAUACAGAAGGCCGCCGGCGAGGUGCAUUUUUUCGAUCGCGACGAAAACUACCUGAAGGGGCUCGAGUGGUACCGGAAGAAGAUGCCACACUCCUUCCGUGGCCAGAUAACGAUCGAGAAGAGCCCCAGCUAUUUCGUCACACCCGAGGUACCGGAACGAGUCCGGGCAAUGAAUGCAUCCAUCAAGCUGCUGCUCAUUGUAAGGGAGCCCGUCACGAGAGCAAUAUCCGAUUACACGCAGCUACGAAGCCACGCGGCCACGGCAGCCCUGCCACCACAGCAGACCCUCUCGUCGACAUCGCCGCUGUCGAAGUCGUUUGAGGAGCUAGCCAUCAUGCCGAACGGGACGGUGAAUGAGGCGUACCGGCCGCUCGCCAUCUCGCAGUAUCACGUCCACAUGCACCGCUGGCUGGAGGUGUUCUCGCGCGAACAGCUGCUGGUCGUCAACGGGGAUCAGCUCAUCGACGAUCCGGUUUCACAGCUGCGUCGGAUUGAGGAUUUUUUAGGCAUCGAGCCACGCAUCGGUAGCAAUAAUUUCUACUUCAACGAGACGAAGGGCUUCUACUGCCUGCGGAACGAGACGGGGGACAAGUGUUUGCGCGAGACGAAGGGCCGGAAGCACCCGCGCGUCGAUCCGGUGGUCGUGUCGAAGCUGCGCAAGUUCUUCGUCGAGCACAAUCAAAAGUUCUACGAGCUCGUCGGCGAGGAUAUGGGCUGGCCGGAGGAGUAGUAAUAGCGUUAGGAGUAGUAGGAGCGUUGCGAGCGUCCCACCCAACAACCCCGCCCCCCCCAUCGGACCCCUGCAACCAAUUCUAGUGAGACUGAGCAGAUGGAAGCGGCACGGAGCGCACGUGCUGGUGAGCAGCGCGCACGAGUGUAUCACAAUGGAGCAGCACGUGAAGCAAAGGGAGCAGUAAUGACACUCGAAGGGUGUGUAGGUAUGUGUGUAUGAGUGUGUGUUGUUCGUUAACUGAUAUGAUGCCAGCAUAAUUGAGGCUCUCAAAGAGCAGAAGAAGAAGAAGAUGGAGGAUGUCCAUGGUUUGGGGCUGAGAGUGUAGCUAGUUGAGCAGCAUAGCAGCUCAUGGCUUGUCUCCCACCCAAAAAAAAAAGGUUACUCGAUGUCCCCUCGAUAUGCUUAACGCACGCACGCACCCUUUCCCCUUUCUCGACAAUUCGGUAUCCGCAUUUCUACUCCGCUACGCAAGCACGUUAGAUAGGAAACACUAACAAAUGAAUUCCUUAGUUUUGUGAUGAGCGUCACGCACAUACACAGACAGACACAGACCGACAGCCAGAUCCAACGGGACCUUUCGUCGAUCCAAGAGAGGAAUUGGAAGGCAACUUUGCCUUGGUUGAGUUCACUUUCGAUCGCUUCUUGUUGUACGAGAGUGUGCAUGUGGUCCAGAAGUUGACCGUUUGCACAGUGACUCAGGUCAUGGUUUGAGCAUUACAGCCCCUUCUCUACCUCGGCGCCCCCCCCCCCCCCGCUUCCACUAAAUUAUGUAGGAAAGCAUCUCGCGAACCCUCGUGGCCCCUCCCCCGAAAAGCCCGUCCAUGUGGCGAGCAAUAUUUCAUGAGUUUUCUCCAUCCCGACCGACCGACCGACUGCACGAUGGUUUCUGCUCGAUUGCUCCUGCUCCGUUCUCGGACGUCCAGCGUCCGGUCCGCUACCGUUACUUUCGGGGCGGGGGUUUAAGCGGAAAGUAAUCGCUCGUUCCCGGAGACAAAUUGAAUGGUGAACCGGGGUAAUGGUCAGCACCGCAGUUCAUGUUUUCCCAGCUCCUCCAACUCCGUUGCCAUGGAUGCACGCCGUGCACGACGUGAUGCAGUUGGGAGUCAAUCUAUCGGAGUCAGCAGUGGCCUGCGAUGCGAUGCAAUGCGAUGCGCUGUUCGCUUCUGCUUCAGACAGGUUCCAGCGAGUGUGUGCGCCCUGGAAAUGGAUUAAGUUUGGUUCGCUCCUCUCUGCUCCUCUGCUUCCUCCUUCGAGCUUUGCUUGCCACAAUCAUCGAGGUCACACGUGCAGACCCCGUUCUGUACGUGACUUGGCACCAGCACCAUUCCGUUGGUGGCGACGAGAGCGACGAAGCGAGACCGGGGGGGUGGCUGCAUCAUUCCUUUCUUCUCUCCAAUCGUUGCUUCUGGUGGGGACUUUUCGGGACCAGCAUUCGGAUUCGGGACGGCCUGGACAAACAUUCCAGCAUGCCAGACCCGACCGCCAGGGAGUCCUGGGAGAGGGUGUUGAAAUGUGCUGCGUCGUAGCCAGCGUAUGAGUGUGAGCCAGGGAGCGAAUGGAGGCAACAUCAUGACGCGGCCCUUUUUGGGAACGUUCUGGCACCUCAUCUCUCUCUCUCUCUCUCUCUCUCUCUCUCUCUCUCUCUCUCUGGCCAGGGUGACUUUUACCCUCCGGUUGCAUCGUUGCAAUCCGGUUUUUCGAGAAGAAAGAAACCCUCCCUCACAUCCCGAUUUUUCCCACUGGCCAAUCCAGGAUUUGCCUUCCGUAGCAGACCGUUGGCCGGAAUGUUUGGCGAAAAAAUGAAAAUCAAUGCCGUCAUCGCCCCGUCCAGAAUUCCUCCAGUUGUUGAUCCAUCUGCCACUGCGGACGGAAAGGCGUGGUGUGGUGUGGUGUGGCGAGGCGUAGCGAAGCGUACAAGUGAAUUAAUUCGUUCGCUCGCGUGAACCACCAGGCGUCUCCAUUGUCACGGCGCGCGUGGAAAACGGAGAAAAAAUGCAACCGACUGGUGGGCAACGCAGGGAAAGAGGACAGCUAAAGGAUGCUGAGUAAUCCCGGUUUUUGCAACCCGUUGGCACCCACGUUCCUUUCCACUCACACGCAAACACAGACGCUCGAUAGUGGCCGUUGGAAGGCGCCUCCAUCUGCAGGACGGCGAUUUGGUGAUGGUUUGCAUGGUUUCGCCCAUCUCUCUCUCUCUCUCUCUCUCUCUCUCUCUCGCUCUCUCUCUCUCUAUCUAUCUAUGCAUGCUUGCCAUGUGUUGUAUGCUGAUUGUCCAAUUCGUUAGCCACGGUUGACAAAUGUGUAGCAGCAGCAAGUCCCAAAAGGCCAUUGUCAUGCUCAUGGCGUCAUGCUUGGUGUCAUGCUUGGAACGUUCAGUUGUACGCUAUUCGCUGAAUUCACACGAUCCCGUCUUGGGAAUGGAAUUGCCUUUAAUUAACUUAGCAUUACCGAGAAAUAACCGAAACAAAUUGGACAACGAACGAAUUGUUUUCUUUGAAUUUGCGGGAAUUGGAUGAACAUUAACACUUACUAUACCUGCGUCAAAGCCCGCCCGGCGGCCUAAGAUUAGAGCCCAUCAAAUUGGCCACUGAGCUCCUUAAGCCCCUCCGGUCCUUAUCGGUUUCGAGAGGAAUAGGAAACCGCCGCGUCCAAUUUAGCUGUUUACUGCCGCCGGGCAAACGAUUCGCCCAAAAACCUUCGAAUCCACUUGAAACUUCAAGGUGCCACCGUAGUUCGCGGUGUCCACAUUGUGCCCACCGGCGGAGGAUGAGGGUGCACUCCAUCUGAAACCUGAUUAGCUCGAGGAAAUUGUUUGAUACCACUUCUUCCACCGUUACCUUUGGGAAAAUUCCUCGGAAUAGAAAUGGAGACGGUCCGGAAGUUGCGCUCCGGAGAGAGACGUCCACGUGUUCGUGCAUAAUCGUACCAGACUAGAGAAGGAAACCACCGGUGAGGGCGGGCCAGGGGAGGGUAAUGAAAAAUCCAUUACAAGGAUAUCCUGUCCAUCGUCCCGUCUUUCUCUCUCGCUCACUCUCUCGCACGAGGAAUUGUGUGGCGUGGCGUUUGCAUUUACAUCCCCAAAGGUCAUUCCAAUUUUCGAUUCCCAGCACCACCAGCACCCAUUGGUGGCGUGUGCACGGACGAUAAGUUGACCUCGUUGGCUUGAAUUUAUGGGUGGGAAUUUGGAACCGUCCUUCCGACCUUCGUCGCUGAUACCAAUGGCAGGGUGGCAGGCUGGGUGGUUCGCUUACUUCCGGUGCCACAAAGGCUCGUGGUGGUGGUCGUGGUGUGAUUGGAAUCGGGAGGACGAAAUUGUUGCACGCCCGGGGACGUCGUUGACGCCAAGUGCAGCGAUAAGCUGAGGCACCUUCCACUCGAACGUCCUUCUCUCGCUCUCUCUCUCUCUCUCUCUCUCUCUCACACUCUCUCUCUCUCACACACACUCUCUCUCUCUCUCUCUCUCUCUCUGUGUUUGGCACGAAGGUAUUCUUUUAUCAAGAGUCCUUUUUUCGUGAAUUCCUCGAGUGGAAGUGAACCGGUAUCGAGAAUGGUGUGGUUCAGGUUCCAACUUCAAAUCAACCCCCACCUCUUUCCACAAACACAAUGGUUCGAUAGUAGAGUGUGGUCCUUCUUCUUCCAUCAUCAUCAUCAUCGAGCGACCAACCAACGGGUGCUCCAAUGAUAACCCCGCCUCGGUUAACGGGGAAAGUUUCCUGUUUGGAAAUCAAAUAAUUAGAGCCAUUUGCAUAAUGUCCAGCUCCGGAACAGCAGCACCAGCGAAGAGUGAUCGAGGUCCUUUCUUUCCUCUUUCUCUCUCUCUCUCUCUCUCUCUCUCUCUCUCUCUCGCUCCGGUCUGUUGCUUCAUGGAACUCUGCUGGCUUCCGCAAUUUCUUCCUUUGGCAACGGGUAUUUUUAAAGGAUUUCACUCCUUGCCUGCCUUGCUAGCAGGUGGUGGAAAGAGUGUUGUAAGCCGUUUACCUGCAAUUUGAAUAGGUACCACCCCCAGAGAGAGCGCACCAGCUCUCCGAGGACGAAGGGAUUUUGUUCGCUCCAAAAUCCAUCAAAGGCAAAAUCGAGCAGCAGCAGCAGCAGCAGCAGCAGCAGUGCCAAUUUAGCAGGUCGGCAGGAUCGGAUCUAAUUAAUGUAAAGUAAGCAAACUUUUGGGACUCACCGUCGGGUGCCAGCAGCGCGCCUUCGCUUCUUCGAUAAUCCAAUUGUGGAUUGUGUGUUUGGCGAGGUGAAAGAAGUACAUCUCGCCCCCCAAUUCGCCCCUCUCCCCUGCCAUGUGAAUGGAGAGAGUAGCAUCUGGUUGGUAUGCAGACGUGAAUUGGAUAUCUUCUUAGUCUCGGCGUCAAGUUACACAACGACGACCGUGGAUCGCGGGAAUGGAACACCUGGCACACCGGUACUGGCACGCUCUCUCUCUCUCGACUUAAUAGCUUUGUUGGCCAACAAUGCUCGCGUGAUAAUGAAAACGGAAAAAAGUGUCCGCCUUUUUUUCUUUUUGCUUCUCCUCUCGAGGAGCUUUCAGCUUCCCGGUUGGUGGCCAAACCGGUGACACAGUGCAGCUGUCUCUUGCCCUAAUCAGCUUAACUCCUCCAGCAUCACCACCAGCGAGGGCCAAUGGAGUGUCCGCAUCCGCAUCGUGUUCGCGCGUCAUGCAUGUCAUCUCGCUAAUAGGAUAACGAGGACGAAACGUCAUUGCCUUUUCCUUCCCCUCGAAAAGGACCGGUAGGUCGGUCGGUCGGUCGGUGGCCAUCUUUGGUACCGGGAAUCCGUCCUCUGUACGGAAAGGGAUGGCUAGUGUGAGUCGAAGUGUAUGUUCCGUGGUCAGGGCACAAGGACGAGGAGAAUUUAUGUGAAGGCGACCACCAGCUCCGGCCAUUUUGGACGUGUUGCGUGGCCUUGGUUUCCUGGUGUGUCCGGAGUCUCACUGCAAAAGAUUAAUGUUGGGCCAACUUAUCAUCCGCCCGGGGGCCACACCAUAGCGCGCCGGUACCAAGGACAACCAAGGUUCGUUCUUUCGCUUCGCCUUCUAUUAAGCGGCAUAUGUAAAUGGUACGGUGGAAAGGCAGGGGAGUAUGUUUCAGGCCCACGCCUGGUCUGGCUCUGUUCCAGCGUCCUUUUUAACGCUUCGUUGAUAAAAUUUAUGGAUGCAAACCCCUGCCUGGGAGGUCACCAGCGCAUACAAAGCAUACAUUAGGCAAUGGACCAAUGGAUGGGUGACCCCACGGAGCAUUAAUCCACAUAAUUACUGGAGAAUCCUUUUCGCCUGGCGCGUGAGGCUCGAAACCGAUCAACCCUAGUUCAGCUCACUAGCAUCAUCAUCAUCAUCAUCGUGAUUCAUCCAGAAUGCACAAUGGAAGCUUAAACAAAGCCCGUACAAGGUCCCAUUCCAGGUCAGUAGGUCCCGCGCGAGCACGAGAAAACCGAGGCCACAUACAGACACAUGCACGCUGCGAACGGUCUCCUUUUGUGGGUCCUCCAAAUCCCGGGGAUGCUCCAAAUCCUGGUAUCCCGCUGUUUCAUCCUAAUGCGAAAUAGAUUGCCAACCACCAGCAGCAGCAGCGGUGCUGUGCAAAGAUCGUUUGCAUGAUGGUCGUGCCCGUGCACGAGGUGCAGUACAUAAAAUCUCAUGUCGCGAACGCCUUUUUACACAUUUCGCUCACAUCUUCCACGCUGGAGCACGGUGGGCACGUUGGGCACCGAUUUAUGUCCCGAGAAGCCCGAAACCGAAAGCCACUUCGUUCCGUUCUCCGCUCUUGCUACGAUGCCAACCAGCUGCGAAAGAGUGCCAGUGCCACCGUUUUGUGGGAAUUUGCAAACCACCACUUGACUAGAAGCAAGGAGGAAUUGGAGCUCGCGCUUCCGAGCUUUUAGCUGAGAAUUUGGUGGUGAAAAACAAACCAUCUUCAUCUAGCACCUCUUCUAAUCGCUCGCGCUUGCAGUGCUUCGCGAUGGAACACACUACCCGGGGCCGCUUUUCUAUUAUUCAUCUGGUUUCCGCCCCCCCCCCACAUUCCCCCAAAGGGUCCUCUCUUUAGCGGGUUAGUUGUUUGUUUGUUUGUUUGCUGGCCGCACCUGUUUUUAAUUUGAGCGUUCCGGUUCGAGAAGCCGCGCGAAAAUAUGUUUUUGGUCUUCGACACGAAAGGGAAGACGAGAAAAAACACGAGAAAAAAACACAACACAGUAUGCGAGGCAGGCGUUUAAACGACGUUGGCAGGGGAGAGGGGCCAGAGACAGAGUGCCUCGUAGUAAGCAUUGAAUUCGUUUCCAGCUCGCUCCGCAGCUCGAUCUCGGGCGGUUUGCCUUUAACAAAUCAAUGCAAGACCACACGCACCAACACCGCCUCACAAACAGUGAGGCAGUUUAACGAGAUUCGCAUAUUAAUGCCCGAGACCACGACCGUGGCCGCUUAGCAACUCCGAGCAUAUCGUCGCAGCCACAGCGACUCCGAGAAAUGGCAGCCAUGCCAUGGGACAUGGCUUUUUUUUUCAAGCUAGAGAGCGCUCGCCACGACGACCACGACGCAGACAAGGACUUGCUGCUUUGGCAAAUAGAUGCUUGUCAAUAUUUGCGGCAGCUCAAGACGUUUGCGCUCCACUCAGGACACCAGGGAGGGUUGCCGGUGUGUGUGGGCGGUGGCCAUUUGCGCCAUUCGAUAAGGAGGGCGUUCGAUUUUGAGAAGCUUUUCGUUUGUCUUGUUGCAAAUUAAUUCCAUUUCGUCCAAGCAAACUCUUCCAAUCAAGAGUUUGCUGCAACGAUGGAGAGAGAGAGAGAGAGAGAGAGAGAGAGAGAGAGAGAGAGAGAGAGAGAGAGAGAGAGAGAGAGAGAGAGAGAGAGUUGCUUCAUCAACCGUUCCAACGCAACGCGCGCUGGCUAUCGGUAUCGGUAAACAUCGGAAAAGUGGAGUCUCCAGCACCGCCCUAAUCCUUUGAAAAAGUCUGUCUUGUCUCCAGCGAUUCACCGCGACCUUCUCAGAAAUUGGCCCGCCCCACCCGUGGCCUUCCUCGUAAUUAUCCUCUUUUCGUUUCCCUCGCUCUCUUUGUGUUCGCGUCGCGGUAUCUAUUCCGGUGCGCGCGUUUUAAUUCGUUUUCCACCGCGCGUCGCAUCGUUCUAUUUACUGCCAAACCACCACCACCACCACCACCACCAGUCCCACCACCGUCGCCCACGGUUUCGAUAAACGUUUCGGUUCAAUUUUCACGGAAAACGAGAACCCAAAACCCUCCCUGAGCCCUCAUAUUUCAGUGACACAGGCGGGACGCGUUGUGCGCAGAUUUACAAUCCGUUCCUUCCGGAAUUAAUUCCACUUUUCCGAGGGUGUCCUCUUGGAGGAGCAGGUGGUGGUGGUGGGGGAUGAGCGACAGGACGAGGACGAUUAACUUUCCUGGGUUUUUGGUCCAUUUCGAGCUGAACACCACGCGAGAGAGCGAGAGAGAGAGAGAGAGACGCCGGUCUAGAAGAGCACAGAGUUUGGAGGAACAAUAAUUUUCGAUUUUCUUAUCACAAUGUCCCUUCAGGCGGUACACUCUACACGGCGCACCAUUCCACUCUGUUUUACUUUGGUCGAAUAACGGAAACUGGUUCGAUUUCCCCGCACGCAAAAAGCGGCGAUUUCCCGGCAAUUCAAACGAUAAACGGCUGGCUGGCUGGCUGGUGACUCGCUGGCGACCGGAGGAAAUGGAGAGCAAACGGAGCGGAGGAUGGAUGGAAACUUUGCACAUAUUUCGCCGCUCGCCGACCCGACAGUAUCGUAAAUAAUUUAUAACCGAACCCUCCCGCCCUCGGUCCACAACGCCAACGGAACCAUCGUUGGCGGAACAAUGGAUGAAACUUGGAACCGACUGGAACUACUACACUGUGCUGCCCCCGGAACGAAACCGAAGGAAGUUUAUGCUGGAGUGGAAAGCGGACGGGGGCGGAGGGGGGGGGGGGGGGGAAGAAAUAUUUUAUUUUCUUUUCGGGCCACGGGAACCCUCGGAAUCCAACCAAUGGGGGCUGGAAACAUAAACAAAAGCCGCUGGUGAGCCAGCGGCGUUCCGUCUGUUUCGCACUGUGGCCAGAGGGUGGUUCGGGGAGGUGGAGGAAAGACGACUGAUCAAACCGGGGUCUGGGUGAUGAUAGUUUACGUUACUUUUGGGCCACCACCACCACCGGCAGCAGCAGCAGUAACCUUCAUCCGGAACGAGGCGGAAUGGAGAGAGGAGAGGCGUGACUGUUCCAGGCCGAGAACAUGCGAGCGCCGCGAGCACUCGGUUGGUUCGCCCCGUUCGCUCGGUGUUUGCCGAUUGGCGUUGAGAAAGAAUUGGCGCAGGAAAACCCAUUCCCGGUUCCGUUCCGAAACGAAGCCGAUCGGUUGGAUCGUAAAAAGGCGUGCUGCAGUGUUCGAUGAUGGCGUUUUGCUGAGUUUUCGUUACGAGAUGCAGCUCGGUUCAGUUCCGUUUCCACGAUUCGAUGGCCAAAAAAGAAUCGAAACGGUGGAACGAAGUGAAAAAGCAUAAAAAGCGAUUGCCCGAGCGUCAAUAUCCAUUCCCGCGGCAUUUGUUUAAAGUUUAAUCCCUUCUUUUUCUUUGGCGAAACUCGAAUACCCUCAGUAAUGCCAAUAGCUUUCUGAUGGCGCCUUCUAAUAUCCGCGGUCCGCGGUCACUUUCGACAAUCGAAUCAAACCGAAAGUGGCACCCACGGGGGCUGCCCAUUUUCACGGGAAAUUCCUUUCUUCUUCCAUGCAACCUGCCAGAACGUGCAGCCCAGUGGCCUAAAAAGUCGAUGCGACGCACUUCCGUCCGGGUCCGCGUCCAGGUUUCGGUGUGACCACGGUGUGCGCGAUGAUUGGAUUUGGAGUCCAGAAGAUCCAAAAUGAGAUUUUUGUUUUCGAGGCGAGGGCGCGCGCGCUCGCACGCUAGGCGCAUUUUUCCCGGGUUGGUAAUUCCCAUCGGUCCACUGGUCCCAUUGGUCUCCCGGAAGUCAUAAAACCGGUCAUUCCGCUUCCGCUUUGAUACCCGCUGGUGGUUCGCAGCAUAUCGAGCGUCUCACACUCCAGUAGAUGACACUUUUACGACUCCGGAACAGCCAGAAGGUUCAACGGAACCGAUUCGUCAACGAAGGUUAUUCGCUUAAUUUGGUGACAAAAUGACGACGGGAAUCCGGUGCACGUACCAAGCGGGAGACUCUCUGCCAUCCGCUCCAUCCAUCACUUCUGCGGCUUUUGCCUCAAAAUGUCCCAAAUGGCGCGUUCCGUUUCACUCAAGCACGGGAGCGCAAGAUUUACGACGAGUACGAAGAGUCCGCGGGAACGGGAUGCGAUGGUGACAAUGUGGCGCUGCUCGGUACGAGGCGGGGGUUCCACGCGAGGGACGCGAGGUUCCCUUGGGAUUUCCUUAAAUGAAUGUAACGAAAUCAAAGGAAAAUCAACAAAUGAGAUCCCGGCUGUUACGCAGAGAGAUAAACGGAGAGAAGAAGAGAGAAGACAGACAGAAGAAGAAGAGAAGGAAACAGACGCUGAUCCCUUUUUUCUGCUUCUCUGUCACCGAAUGUAACGUUCCGUGGAAUGGGCCGUCCAAAGGGAUGCAUUCUAAGUAAAGAAAAUGGAAAAACAUGGAAAAGCUCUCUCUCCCUCUCCCUCUCUGUCUCACUUCACUUUCUUUUGCUUAUCCUUCUGGAACCAUAAGCAGGAUCCGGAAUCAAAGACCACCAACACAUCCUGCACCACGGUCGUCCUGCGCUGCUGCUUGUGCUUGUUGGCCUCGCUUGGCUGAAGGCCGAGCAUCGAGCGUUUGAAGUCGUCAAUUUGCAUGAAUCCAGAGCGAGGUGGGCGCCUGCACUCCUCCGGCCAACCGACCGAGUACCUUUCGCCGAAGAAAUCUUAUUCCUGGAAGGAAGUAACGAAGCCCGGUGGGUAGCCAUGGCCACCAUGGCGUUACCUUUCGACACCUUGCCGCUUCGUUAACGGUGCUUGGGAGUGUCCCACAAAUCCUCCCAUUCAUCCACCGGUCUUUCUCUCUCUCUCUCCUCCUCUUUUAUGUGUCUCUAAUCAGCAAACGAGUGGCAGUGCUGUGUCGGUGAUGAGCUUUUGAAUUGAAAUGUUUUACCUUGGCUCUGGCUGGGUCUUGAUACUGGAUGAAUUAUUGUUCCCCGGGACUGGCUUGUGUGUGCGUGUGCGUGUGCGCUCAUUUGAUAACGACUGGUGUGAGCAGCUGAACAGUUACAGGAGGAUCAUCAUUUAGCAUUAAGCAGGAUCGGUGUUAGGUGGCAUCCGGCCACAAUUCUAAAGCUCUCUGUUCCUUGGCAUCUCUCAAGCAAAACUUCACUUGUUCCCCGUUCCGUUUCUUAUGUUUUCUUCUUAUUGAAAACAACGAGUCAUCUGUGAAGAGCGUUAGGGGACUCGAGGUAUCCGGCAAUUCGGUUUCCAGUUUGCGAUUUACGCUGGAAUGCAUUUACUUCAAUGUCACUAACGACCAGUUAGUAGGCCGUGGAAGCUGGCGAAAAGACGCGAAUUGUUUUCGGUUUCGCCACAACACAGUAGGCCGUUUCAAUUCAAAUCAAAAGCAGACUCUUCGCUUUAUCCGCGGCCACAAGACACAGUUCCUAAAUUGCUAUCCGUAAGCUGAAGCUAGAUUGAAGAAGAAAAAAAAAGGCCCAAGUCGCGUAGUCGCGAUGAUUUAUGUUAAGAAGAACGACAAUGUAUCACCAAUGAUGAUUGCAGUACAAAGUGUGUUACAAAAGAAGCACGGCAUGGCAUAGCCACCUCAUCUUCUUCCUUCCCUGUGUUUGACAGAGAUUGUUUAAAGGUUGGUUUGAGAUGUGUUUUUUUUUUCGUUGUGUUGUGUCUCGUUGUUAAUCGUGAUGUUAAGCAAACGCCGUACGCCUGCGAUAUGCAUUUGCCAAAUCCCCACACACCACAGCAGAUUAGUUCUUCUGCUCCUGCUCAGUGAACGCUUUUGCUAGAAGAGCGGUUGGUUUCUUUCUUUAUGUUAUUAUUCACUAGAUGCUAGAGCGAAAAGCGUGGCGAAGGGAGCGCAAAACUCGAAGAAAACGUGCGUUGUUUGAGGCAGUAGCAGGAGGAAUCUUCUAUUUUUGGAUGUUGUAAUCGGUGUAAACGUACUCUCUACUCACUCACUCUUCAAACCGCAAUCGCACGAUCGUACUAACCUGUAGCAGAAAGAGAAACCGAGGAGCAGAAACAUGUAGAGAAGGCGCGGGCAUCAGUGGCGUGUGGUGAUCUGGCCAAGGUAACUGGAAACAUAUCAUGACGAUGGGUGACUUAGGUGUAAAAGGUGAUAAAAAAAAGCAUUAAGCAUAAGCACGAAACGAAAACAUAUCAAACAUGCGGCGUGUUACAAACCAAAUAAACAAAAACAUAUCAAAAACCAGAGAACAAAGCGAAGAGAAAAGAAGCAAGCAAGCAAGCAAGCAGAGCAACCAAGAAAACCAAAAGAAUGCUUUUAGGUGCCGCUGCACAGGUAACACUAUUGCAGCAUUAUUUGUACAUAGAUCGAAUGCCGCUGCCGCUAUACUUACUUAAGCCCGAAAAUUGACGCCGACGUGAUUGUGUGUCGAAGUUCUCGUUCUCGUACCAUCAGCCAUCUCUAGGUGUUAAGUAAAAAUCGCAAAACGCAACCGGAUCCAAGCAACCGGUGAGCCAGAUGAUACAUCACAUAACAUAUCGCAGCGCAGCGCAACGUGGGCGUGAGAAAGAGAACGGGUGUACGUAUGUGUGUGUUACACGAGAUUUCAAUCAAUAGUUUAAAAACUGGAAAAUCGGAACCGGAGGUUUUUCCGGGAGGCCGAUGUUAUAGAUGUGUAAGGUUGAAGACGAAAGUGUGGAGCAGCAGAAGUGGAGGGCGCAGCAGUUGUUUCGCGUUACGUUCGUAGUACAAGAAUACUAUACUAUGUGUUGAUAUGUUGUGCGAUAUUCUGGAUGCCAUAUAUUUUAAUAGCAAAAUGAAAGGGCGCAACGAGUAUUGUUUCGUUAUGCGUUGCGUAUUGAUUCCGAGAUCUUUAACGAUAAUUAGGUUGACUUGGUGUGGGUGUUGGUUGGUAUUUCGAAAAAAGGAAGCAAGAAGGAACGGUUAGCAGAAGGAAAACUGAAAAUUUUGAAAUUGUAAAAUAAGCUCCAUCAUAGCACUGGCAUUAACCAGAACCCCACCAUUGCUGCCCUAUCCCAGGUAUAUAGACCGGCAUCAGUUUGAAUCGCGCUUUUCGGGCCCGUUUCUGCGUACGAUUUUGCGAUACAUUGAUUGAUUCAUAUUGAAUGCAGACUAAACAGGGUUACACCACCACGUGACCACGUGCGCAGUUCGUUUUCAACCAAAAAAGAAAAAGUGAAAAACAUUCAACAAACGAACAUCGCCAGAGAGAACCAGAGAACCAACAAACUAACGGAAGGAAGAAAAAGGAAAAACUGUAGGGAAAAAUCAUUUGCAAACCGGCGUGUUUCAGUUUUCAGCAAUAAGUGAAGACGACUUAGCGUUUUAGCGAGUGUAAAAGAAAAGCAAUUUUUAGGUGAAAACAAAAAAAAAUGGGGAGAUCAGUUAACGUGAGCCAAGGGUGUGUGCGAUUGUUGCGCGACCAGAGAGAGCACGAAGCGUAUCGAAGAAUUUAUUUGUGAGUUAAGUCGAGAACGAGAAGCAUUGAACAAGUACACAAGGAGUACAUGUUAAUAAUCUCUAACAACGAGGAUGUUUAGUUUUUGUAUAGAAAGUUAAAAAGGGAGUAGAGAUGAGAUGAGCCGAGAAAGAAAGAAAGAAAAGAAAAACCUGUAAUAUAAGUGCGAUCGGGAUUCAUUUUCCGGUGAGUUGCAGUUCGUAAUGGGGCAGCAGCACUCCACGACACUCCUCCAAUCUUCAGGGCUUUCCUUCAUUCUCAAUCACUUGUUACAAUCACUAGCAUACCGAUGGAUCAAUCGGCCCGGUUCGCUCCCUCUUGUUACUUUAUUCUCCAAUUCUAUCUUAGUGAAGCUGUAAUUAAUUAGUUGACAAGCGUGUGAACAGAGAACCACUUUUGUUACGGACUGAUUAGAGAAUUUUGUUUAUAGAGUUAUGUGACUGUUAAUUCUGUUGCACACCACCAUUGAUUAGCUGAUCAGUUAGAAUGUUUUAUUGAGUCCGGGUAAACUCUUUGAAACUGCAACACAAAAACACCGCGGAUGGACUGGGGGACUGAGGUCGUGAUAACGUGAUGGGUUUUCCGCUUUACAAAUCAUUCAAAAAAAAGGGCGCGCUAAGCACGUUAACACGGUUCGUUGGUGAUGCCAUGUUGUUUAUAGGUUCUACAGACCACAGAAGCUUCUCUCCUCGAUCUCUACAUCCUUUCUCCGAAGGUAGAAGCUAUCAGCGCGCACCCAAGAGCGCCAAAUGUGUAAAAAAAGUAAAUGAUGUGAUGUCUUGACAUUCUUGCAACAAAUUCAUCCGUACGGCGUCGUCGGAAGGGGUCGCGAGCGAAGAUAGACGGCACUAGGCAACUAUGAAUGGAAUAGCCCAACUCUAAAUACCCAGAAAGUCAAACCAAAACACAACCAAAUCUCUAUUUCGAAACUCUAUAUUAAAACGCGGUAAACGUUGUGCGUGCCAAGAGGUGGUGGUUGUGCGGCGCAGCGCGAACGCGCAUUACAAAAUGGCAUUACAUAUCUCAUAAACUCGUCUUCGUAGCUAUUAUUAAAGAGAACUAAGAUUAUA